AUGAAAAUUUUGCCUCCAGACAACGUUCGAGCUGAAACCGACGGCGAAGUUGAAGUUGCCCAGAGCAGUCUUGAUGAUUGUCAGAUCUGCACUGUUGAACGUGAUUAUGAAAGCAGCCUACAGGUACUCGACACCAAGUUAGAUCGAGUAAUAUACAGAAAAGUGGCAGGUCUGCACAAACUACAAAUCAAACCUGUUACACUGAUAGAACUUAAAUGGGAAGAGACUCAAAGUAAGACAGUCCCGAAACACGUCAACCACAGCUCCGACGGGCAAACUCAGGGACCGACAGCAGACGCCCUCAAAGGAAACGAAACUCGGCAGAAGAAAGAAAAAGAAAAAGAAAGUACUGGAAAUUGCCCGCUGUUUGUCAGCACUGGCCUAAAUGGUCGCCUUGGCAACCAGAUGUUUGAGUACGCCGCCACUGUGGGCGUGGCCCGUUCUCAAGGACGUAUCCCAGCUCUGUUGACCAGGACCAGCGACAUGCAGAACGCUUUCCAAAUAACACACGCGAGGACCUUCAACACUUCCCACGGCUGUGACCGCUGGCAGGUAGUUUCCGGUGUACACUUUGGCAUCUUUGAAAUCAGGCUUACCAAGUUACCGGAGAAGAACAUCACAAUGUCUGGCUUUCGUCAGUCCUGGAAAUAUUUCGAAUCAGCGCAAGAUGAAUUGAGGAAAGAAUUCAGAUUCAAAGACAAUAUUUCAGCAGACGCCAAAAAUCUGGAGGCAGAAAUUCGACGGAAAUUUCCCAACAGAACUCUGGUUGGCGUGCAUGCGAGGAGAGGGGAUUUCAUGACGCACCGAAAAUUGGGCUACUAUACCCCGGCACCUUCUUACUACUACAAAGCGUUUGACAGAAUGAUCAAAGAAGUUGCACCAAAGACGUCUCCGCUGUUGUUUGUGGUGUCCAGUGACGAUCUCAAAUGGUGCGCGGCCAAUAUCAAGAGGCCUGACGUGCAUGUUUUGAGCUCGGCUUCGCCCCAGCUUCAUUUGGCGUUCCUGGCGCGAACAAGCCACGCCGUUAUCUCAGCUGGUACCUACAGCUGGUGGGCCGGCUGGCUGACCGGAGGAAAGGUCAUCUAUUUCUCUGGGUAUCCCGGGAAUGGCACAUUCCUCAUGAACGAUUUCAAGGCGGCGGAUUAUUACCCACCACAUUGGAUAGGAAUUGGUGACUGAUUUGUACCAAAAGUAGUACAUAACAAGAUGGUCCACUCAGCCAAAAAAGUGUCCGCCGGAAAU